CACGUCCAACAGGUGAUUUAAAGAGAGAAGAGACACAAGACGGCUCGGUCCUGGUCUGUCGCUUCAGACAUGCAGUUGACAAUGAUCUUGCUUGGCUUUACAGCCAUGAUGUUCAGUAUUAAAGUGGCUGCAGACUGUGGCGUGGCUCCUCUGAACACGCGUGUAGUGGGCGGAGCCGAAGCUCCUGCAGGUAACUGGCCCUGGCAGGUCAGUGUCCACUACAACAACAGACACAUCUGUGGAGGAACCCUGAUCCACAGCCAGUGGGUGAUGACCGCUGCGCACUGCAUCGUCUCCACUAACCUCAACAGCUGGACGCUGUACCUGGGAAGACAGACCCAGAUCACGUCUGUUGCUAACGCUAAUGAAGUCAGAGUCGGUAUUCAGUCCAUCACCGUCCAUCCAAAGUACAACAACACACUGUUCAAUAAUGACAUCUCUCUGAUGAAACUGAGCCAGCCUGUGACCUUCACUCCAUACAUUAGUCCGGUCUGCCUGGCGUCCAGAACCAGCGUCUUUCUCAACGCUACGCUGUGCUGGGCUACAGGCUGGGGAAACAUCGGCAAGAACCAACCGCUGCCGGCUCCCCAGGCUCUUCAGGAGGUUCAGGUCCCAGUCGUGGCCAGCUCUCAGUGCACCUGCGAGUAUAAACCACUAGGUGAUGUUACAAUCACAGCACAGAUGAUCUGCGCAGGGAGAGCAAACAAAGGCAUCUGUCAGGGAGAUUCUGGAGGUCCCUUACAGUGCAAGCAGGGCUCUGUGUGGAUCCAGGCCGGAAUCACCAGCUUCGGGACGACUCUGGGCUGUGCUAUAGAAGGUUUUCCGGAGGUGUAUUCACGAGUCUCUGAGUUCCACACGUGGGUCACAGAGAACGUGGAGGGAGCCGCUAUCAGCUUCGUGCCCUUCUCGUCUAACGUCACAGACAGCAGCUUCACAUGCUCUGCCACUCUUCAGUUCUCGCACUACAACUUUAUCAUUCUCUUCACGACACUCAUCUCACACUUACAGUCUCUUUAGGCUGACUCUCACACACAUUCAACAGGGUGACAGAGAGCAUGCACCAUGAGAAAAGACAAAAUGGUAAAAAAAAAAGCAUCUGAAAGGUUAAAUCUCAUGAGUGAAUCACCAAAAACUGGUGUCAAGGUAUUACCUUAUGUGGCGAGAAGUUCACGUUGGAAAUAUUGUGCAAGAUGAACACAAACACAACCACAAUCAUAAUUGUGAGUAAAAAGAUCUGAGCUUUAAGACCAAAGUUUCCAACCUGUCACUGAGAAAGAUAUAGGAACACAAUAGAUGCAGUGUCUUUAAUGAUGGUAAAUUUCUUGAAAAACAUGUUUGUUUGUUUGUUUUCAGCAAAGUUGCAUGUACAAAAAUCCAACAUUAACGAACAAUUAUGAUAAUUACAAUCCAGUGUGUAAUUACAUUUACAGCACCUAAAAAUUAAAUAAAAAUUUUCAAAUAUA